AUGAACCCCCUCCUCAUCCUUUUGGCAUUCCUGGAAUGGGUGUCGCUAGCCAAGGAGACCGAGGAGUUCAGCAAGCUUGGGAGCAUGUCCGUCCUCUCCAGCUCGUCUGUAGGAUGGGGGAUUCGGGCGUUGGAGAGCGAACAACCGCCCACGGCCUCCAUCGACGACCCCAAGAAGCGACAACUCGCCUUCCAGGGGAAGCUCUCGACCUUGUUCCCGGACGAGUUUGUGAACGACACCGACGAGUACGACUGGGACGACUACGAGCAGGUCUCGGCCCAUCGUCGACUGGUCGAGGACCUUCUGGACCCCGACUUCUACGAAAACACUGUGCAUCCGUCGCUUGACUUCAGACAGCCGGUCAGAGUUAACAUGAGUAUGAGUCUGUAUCAGAUUCUACAAGUCGACGAACGGUCACAGAGUCUCACCGUGAACGUUUGGAUGGUGCAGGAUUGGUAAGGUUUUGUUGACAAUUUUAAUUUAUUUUUUGCGAAUUUAUUGUUAUCAUAAGGUUACGCAAACUAUGGCGAAUAACAAAUGUAAAUUACUCCUUUUAUUUUUGACAGUGUGCUUAUUUUUUGUUUUAAUACGUUAAAAUACCAAAGAAUUUAGUACCUACAUCACUAGCACUGAAUGUUUUGAAAAACCUCACAAGGUCAGCGAUUGUUGUGACUCAGAGAAUUUGUUAUUAAUUACAGGUAUGACCAGUUUUUAGACUGGGAUCCCCACGAUUACGAAGGAAUAAACAAAACCAUCUUACCGUAUGACGAGAUCUGGGUACCCGACACCUACCUCUACAAUUCAGAAUCCAUGGAACAGAAGCGGACGGAAGCCUUGAUGAAUGGGAUUGUCGAGACCGGAUACUGGCGCAACGAUAGUCGAGGUGCAUAUGUACAGCUCAUGUUUCCUGCCAUUUACAAGCUCAGCUGUAGGAUGAAUGUGUAAGUAUGACGAUGUUGUUUAUCAUGUGAAAUGAGGAUACAUAAAUAGAAAAUGUGAUACAAAGACCUUAUCCUUAAAACGCGACUGCCCUAUAAAGUUUACAAUUAUACAAAAUCAUGUAAGAUAAUGUCUUGAAGUGAACUGAUACCUAUUUCAGUCGCUUCUUCCCGUACGAUCAACAAAAUUGCACCUUCAUCAUAUCAUCGUGGACCCACGAUUCCAGCACACUCGACUAUUACCCCAAGACCGAGGAUGUCAACAUGAAAAACUUUGCUCAGAACGUGGAGUGGGCUGUCGUGAGCUUCACCUUCAACAGGGUCGAACAGUACUUUAAGUGCUGUGAAAAGCCGUGGAUUAUGAUUUAUGCACAUCUGGUGAUUCAACGGAAGCCCCUCUACUACAUUAUUAAUCUGGUGGUGCCGACUUCGAUUAUCACGGUCGUCGCCGUGACUGGCUUCUUCACACCGUCAUCCACGAGCAGUGAAAGAGACGAGAAACUAUAUCUCGGUAUUAACACUGUAAGUAUUCUGUCAUGUGUUUAGACGUGUAUUCAGAUCUCUGGAAGCUUAAGAACUGUAUUAUUGGAAAGAUUGAUAUCCAAAUCACAAAACUAAAAAAUUGAAAGCAAAACUAAUGAAAAAAUAAAAAAAAAUUAUAUUCAGUUAUUGACCAUGGCCAUUAUGUUGUUAAUGAUAAGCAACAAAAUGCCCAGUACAUCUACGUAUGUUCCCUUAAUGGGCUGGUACUAUAUGGGGAUCAUAUUCGUUAUCGUUGUUGGUACUCUUUUGGCCACAAUGGUGCUGUUUGUACAUAGCCGUAAAGUGCACCUGAAGCCAGUACCUCCCAUAAUUCGAAAAGUAAUAACACGACAGAUCAUUUGGAGAAUCAUACUCGAACCUCCAACUCAGUUACUCGAGAUCUGGACUGAGUUCGGGAUUCUGCACGAAAUGAGGAUGGACCCUCGAGAGCUGGAUCCUCUCGUACUCGAGAAAUUCGGCCCAAACAAAGUAAGUUUAUGAUUUGUCAAUAUUAAAAAAGCACAUAUACGUGAAGUAAGAAUAAUUUCAUUUUCUUUUUUUCUUCAAUAUAGUCUGAAUUACUUACUUUUGACCUAAAGCAAUAUCGACCAUUUCAGUAUGCGAGUCCAUUAAACUUUUUCUCGUCGAUCUCAUCGCAAGUCAGUGCCCAAAGUGCAUACCGAUAUGAACGUCGUUUACAUUCCGUAACAAAGCAGUUCGCAGAUCAAGUACGGUUGCGAGAACGGAGAGAAAGAAAACGGCGGGAAACGUUGAGAAAUGCGGCCGAUUUCUUGACUUACGGCACGACAGAAGCCGAAUUGAAUAACUCCAGAAUCGAGAAGAAGAAGAAAAUGAUGAGGCGGUGAGUUAAAAGUUUUUAAAUUUUCGAAAACAAAAGAUUUGUAAUUUAUUUUUGCGAUUUGAGGUUUGCGAAAUUUUACUUCGUAUAAUUUGGUUCCGCAGCCUGCGAAUCGAAAAUAUCGACGAAAAAUUAAAAAACGUUUUAUUGGCCGGUUUUUAUUCGUCCAUUAUUUUCUGUUUUUUAUAACAAUAUUAGUUUUAUUAUUAUGACAAUAUUAGUUUAAGGUUUAUUAUUUUUGACUUCAGAUGCGCGCUUGAAUGGGAGUAUUUGGCCAACGUGAUCGAUCGUGUGUUGUUAUUUAUUUUCUGUUGUAUCACAAUCGCUUUCUUCGUUCUCUUGGCCUUCUUCGACGGCUUCUACACGGUGGGGGCCCAGAAGAAGCAACUCUAA